CCAUUCCAAGCCAGAGGACGUUGAUAUUCAUCUGAAAGUUUCCGGUUACUGCACUUCUCUGUGAUACAGUACUUCCAAACCCCACACUAUGUCAAGUGUCUUGUGAGUGACUGACUGAAACGUCGUCACUGGGGUAACAUAAUCUACUAAUCUAAUGGCGAUGAGAGCGAGGCUCUCUCCAAGGUGCUGAAAACUGUCCCGCAGCUCAGCCGGGAGGAGAGGACGAAGAAACAAACAAACAAACAAACAAACAAAGCAUCGGACACUGGAGCCCAUUGGUACAACACCACACGAGGAAAGUGGCCGAACAUGGAAGGUACAUGAAUUACAGAAAAGAGGAGGGGGGCGAGGAGGAGGAGGAGGAGGACAAGAAGAAGAAGAGGAGGAGGAGAGACACAGAGAGAGAGAGAGAGAGAGAGAGAGAGACCGCCGAGGAUGUGAAAACCACAUAUCACCAGCUACUACUCUUCAGUGAAAUACAAAUCCCAGUGGUAUCAUCAGCUGAAAGAGAAAGAAAGAGAUGCUCCGUCAAAGCUUUUAAUUCGGCCCUCCUCCCUCCCUCCCUCCAUCAUCAUCGGUAAGGAGCAUCCCGCUCACUGAUUUCACUCCGACGGGCAGAGACAAGACAGGCGGAUUGACACCAGCCAGACACGAUGCGUGGACCUCCUCGACAUGGGACAACCGCGGGAUUUCUAGCGUUACUGACCGCGCUGCUGUUCACGACGCAGGCUGCAGCGGGAGUCUCCACGGACCAUCUCCUGGUCCAGUUGCACGAGAACGCGCAGGACGAGGCGCACCAACUUGCCGCACAACAUGGGUUCCAGAGUGCCCGAAAGCUUUCCUUCGGAGACGGGCUCUUUCACUUCUAUCCUCAGGACGCUCCGAGGAAGUGGAGCAAACGCAGCAGCAACGGCAGACAGCGGCUACAGAAAGACCACAGGGUGAAGAAUGUCUUCGAACAGGAUGGUUUCAGCCGUCAGAAGCGCGGCUACAGGAAUAUCAACGACAUCGAAGUUAACAUGAGUGACCCUCUGUUCACCAAACAAUGGUACCUGAUAAACACAGGCCAGGCCGAUGGAACUCCGGGGCUGGAUCUUAACGUGGCUGAAGCAUGGCAGCUGGGCUUCACGGGGAAAGGAGUUACCAUCGCAAUCAUGGAUGACGGCAUUGACUAUCUCCAUCCUGACCUGGCAUCAAAUUAUAACGCUGAUGCCAGCUAUGACUUCAGCAGCAACGACCCGUUCCCAUUUCCACGCUACACAGACGACUGGUUCAACAGUCACGGCACACGGUGUGCUGGAGAGGUUUCUGCAGCAGCCAAUAACAAUAUCUGUGGGGUUGGAGUCGCCUACAAUUCAAAAGUGGCAGGAAUCAGGAUGCUGGACCAACCCUUCAUGACUGACAUCAUCGAGGCAUCGUCCAUCAGCCACAUGCCUCAGGUUAUUGACAUCUACAGCGCCAGCUGGGGACCAACUGACGACGGCAAGACGGUUGACGGACCGAGGGAGCUCACCCUGCAGGCCAUGGCCGACGGCGUGAACAAGGGGCGUGGAGGAAAAGGCAGCAUUUAUGUUUGGGCAUCAGGAGAUGGUGGUAGCUAUGACGACUGCAACUGUGAUGGCUACGCCUCAAGCAUGUGGACAAUCUCCAUCAACUCAGCCAUCAACGACGGCCGCACCGCCCUGUAUGAUGAGAGCUGCUCCUCCACCCUGGCCUCCACGUUCAGCAACGGACGCAAGAGAAAUCCAGAGGCUGGAGUCGCCACUACAGACCUGUAUGGGAACUGCACAUUGCGCCAUUCUGGUACAUCAGCAGCAGCACCAGAGGCAGCUGGUGUCUUUGCCCUUGCUCUCGAGGCUAAUCCUAACCUGACUUGGAGAGACAUGCAGCAUCUGUCCGUCCUGACUUCUAAGAGGAACCAGCUUCACGACGAUGUCCAUCAGUGGAGGAGAAACGGAGUGGGCCUGGAGUUCAACCACCUGUUCGGUUAUGGGGUCCUUGAUGCGGGUGCCAUGGUGAAAAUGGCCAGGGACUGGAGAACUGUUCCUGAGCGUUUCCACUGCGUGGCUGGAUCCAUUCAGGAAACACAUAAAAUCCAGUCGGGCAGCAAGCUGGUUCUGGCCAUCACCACUGAAGCCUGCCAGGGGAAGGACAACUUCGUCCGCUACCUGGAGCACGUCCAGGCGGUGGUCACCGUCAAUGCCAGCCGCCGCGGGGACCUGAACAUCAACAUGACCUCGCCCAUGGGCACCAAGUCCAUCCUACUGAGCCGCAGGCCUCGCGACGACGACUCCAAGGUAGGCUUCGACAAGUGGCCCUUCAUGACGACCCACACCUGGGGCGAGGACCCGCGAGGGACCUGGGUCCUGGAAGUAGGCUUCAGCGGUGACGAGGAACAGCGCGGCGUCCUGAAAGAGUGGACUCUCAUGCUGCACGGAACACAAAGUGCACCUUACAUAGACCAGAUAGUGCGUGAUUACCAGUCCAAACUGGCCAUGUCUAAAAAGGAGGAGCUAGAGGAUGAGCUGGAUGAGGCGAUAGACAGAAGUUUGAAGAGUUUGAUGAGUAAAACCAACUAAAGAAAAAGGAAAAAAAAAAAAUCUCGUCCGCUUGCAUGUUGCCAACUCUUUUUCUUAUCCUCUAUCUGAAUCACUCUAUCCUCUUCAUUCCUCGGCAUCAUCCUGGGUUUUCCCCAGUUUCAUUGCCCGUCCUUUGUUUUGCCUUCCUUCCUCUUAUUAGUUUUUGCUAACCAGUGUUUCAUUUAGCCCCCCUCACCCCCCAACCUGUAAUGAAUGUUUCAUGUAAUCCAGUCAUGGUUAAAGUGUAAACGUCAGUGAUCUGAUCAGAGAAGGUAGAACGGUAGCGUGUGAAUUUGUGCACUCCGCACUCAGAUUUGUACAUAAGCCAAAUUGAAUCCACUCUUUCGUGCUUUUCCGUUGACCAGCCCCGCGCCUCUCCUCUGCCAACUGUUAUACAGUUUGUGCCUGUAAAUGAUUUUCUGUGUCAUUCUAGUUAAAGUUUAAUAUCUUGCAAACAGAGCAGUGAAACUUCUUUCUGUUUAUAUUUUUGUGACAUGCACUGUUUCUAUAAACACGGAAAGGGAUUACGAUUCA